AUGAAGGAGGUCAGAGUCCUGUCUCGGCGUAAUACCAUGGGACUUUUAUGUGUAAUUGUGAUUCUGUUGACAACCUUUGUUGAGAACGCUUGGUCACUGGACGAGAUUGAUGCUAUUACUACAGUUCACAAGCCCGGAUAUUGUGUUAUGCGUGGAGAGUGUGGUCCAAAAACUAUGUUUGGUAAAAGUUUGAAUUGUCCGUUUAAUGAACCGGCGGUAAAGCCUGAUACAGAGCUACGCGAACAACUUGUCUCAGUAUGCGGCGAAAAAUUCGGCAAAUCGCUAACAUGUUGUGACGCCGAUCAGCUUAACACGCUCCACGAGAGUACAAAACAAGCAGAGACACUAAUAAGUUCGUGUCCAGCGUGUUGGAAGAACUUCCUAAAUUUCUUCUGUGAGUUUACUUGUUCACCGAGUCAAUCGACAUUUGUCAACGUCACGUCAACCGGCAUCUCGAGAACCGGUCAAAAAAUUGUGACGAGUGUGGAUUUUUUUGUGGGAGCGAAUCAAGGCACUGGGUUCUAUGAUUCGUGUAAAGAUAUAAAGUUCACGGCGACGAAUGGAUACGUGAUGGAUUUUAUUGGCGGGGGUGCAAAAAAUUACCAUGAUUUUUUUGUUUAUUUGGGUCAGGAGAGACCGCCGAUCGGCUCACCAUUUCAGAUUAAUUUUCCGUUGGUGGAUCCGACUGGGGAAAUGACAGCAUUUGAUGAACCGGCGAAACGAUGUAAUGAUACCGAUAUUAAUUAUAGAUGCUCAUGUGUCGAUUGUCAGCCUGUUUGUCCUGUAUUGGAUCCAACUCCAAGCGAAAAGGCCCCUUAUAAUAACGUGGAUAGAACUGGAUUCGAACCUUUGGCUGUCAAUGAGGUUGAAAAUGAACAAACAAAUAAAAGCUAUUGGCUCAAUGCACUUUUACAAGACUAUUUCUAUCAACUAGGAUACAUCUGCGCGAAGAAUCCAUGGAAAACUAUAAUGACAUGCACAUUAAUCGUUUGUGUCGCGUCACUUGGUUGGUCACAAUUUGCCAUCGAAACGGAUCCGGUAAGAUUAUGGGUUGCGCCAAAUUCCGAAUCAGCACUACAAAAAGAAUUUUUUGACAAGAAUUUCGGUCCAUUUUAUCGUACGCAACAAAUAUUCAUCACUAGUUCCAACCCUGAUCAAAGUGUCGUCAGUUAUAAAACAUUGAAGACCCUGUUUAUUAUGGAACAAGAAAUUCGUAAUUUGAAAUCCUCGAAAAAUAAUUACAAAUUGCAGGAUCUUUGUUUUCAUCCGAACGGAGAUGCUUGUAUUGUACAAUCUGUCGCUGGGUAUUGGAACUCGGAUAUUGAUGAGUUAGAUGAAGAUACUUGGAAAGAACAUUUAGAGAAUUGUGCUGCUCAGCCUAUAUUUUGUCUACCGGAUUUCCAACAACCAUUAAAACCCGAUAUGAUUUUAGGCGGAUUUGAAGAUGAAAAUUAUCUCGAUGCGAAAGCAAUGGUUAUUACUUAUGUUCUAAAUAAUUAUAUCGAAAAAGAAAAAAUAGCCAAAGCUCAAGAAUGGGAAGCCGAUCUUCGAGAAUACUUAUAUAAAAUAAUCAAAGGGGAUAAUAAAAAUAUUGACGUGUCGCAGUUGAAAAUCAGUUUUUCGACCGAGAGUUCCCUCGAAAUAGAAUUGAACAAAUCGACAAACACAGACAUAUAUACGAUAGCUAUCUCAUAUCUAGUCAUGUUCUUUUACGCGUCAAUCGCAUUAGGACAGCUUACUUCACUUCCACGCACAAUAAUCGACUCUAAAUUCACACUAGGCAUUGCCGGGAUUCUCAUAGUGUUAGCCUCUGUUUCGACAUCAGUUGGCAUUUUUUCCUUUUUAGGUAUAAAAGUCACACUAAUUAUCGCCGAAGUGAUUCCGUUUUUGGUACUUGCUGUAGGCGUCGACAAUAUUUUUAUAUUAAAUCAUGAAUUUGAACGGCUCACUAUAAGAUCAAGCAACAAAUCUGUCGAAGAACGUAUCGCCAAAACAUUAGGUAGGAUGGGACCAAGUAUAUUACUUAGUGCACUAAGUGAAACAAUCGCGUUCGGUCUAGGUGGAAUUGUCACAAUGCCGGCUGUAAAGAAUUUUGCAUUAUAUGCGGCGUUGGCGGUGUGGGUAGAUUUUUUGUUGCAGAUUACUGCGUUUGUGGCAUUUUUGGCAUUGGAUGCUAAGCGGCAAGAGGAAGAUCGAAUUGAUUGUUUCUCGUGUGUUAGAAUUAAAGAAGCACCACAACGAACUCAUCGUGAGGGAAUUUUGCAAAGAUGGACGCGAAAGUAUUAUGCGCCUGUUUUGUUGAAUAAAAAAGUUAAAUUUGUGGUGAUUACAAUUUUCUUGGGUGUUUUCAUGUUCUCUUUGGGACUCGUACCGAAAGUUGAAUUAGGUUUAGAUCAACGGAUUGCCCUUCCAAGUGAUUCAUACUUGAUAGACUAUUUCAAUGCACUGGAUGACUAUUUCCGCGUAGGACCACCAGUUUAUUUUGUAGCCACCGAUGUAAAUGUCACCACUCGUUCGGGACAACAAUCAUUAUGUGGUCGAUUCAGUACCUGCUCACCUUUAUCACUAGCAAAUGUGCUAGAACAGGAGCGAAAACGACCUAAAGUAUCAUACGUUGGGGAACCAACAGCUGUAUGGAUCGAUGAUUUCUUUCAUUGGUUAAAUCCAACACUUGAUCAAUGUUGUCGGAUAAAGAAAAGUAACGGAAAAACCGAAUUAUGUACUCCGUUUGAUGACGAAGACGAAUGUAAAGUAUGUUUCGAGGAUAGAAAUCCCAAAUGGAAUAUUACAAUGGAUGGAUUACCCGAAGACGAAGAAUUCAUUUCAUAUCUGAAACUUUGGCUUCAGGCCUCGCCUGAUGAGUUGUGUCCCUUGGCUGGAAAAGCAGCGUAUGGUGAUGCUAUUAAAAUAGAUCAAAAAAAUGCAACAAUUACCGCGAGUCAUUUCCGCACGUUUCAUACACCACUUAAGAGCCAACGAGACUAUAUUGCUGCUUAUGAUUCAGCGCAUCGGAUCAGUGAUAUGAUUCAAUCACGUAAUGAAGGAAUCAAAGUUUUCCCAUACUCUGUAUUCUACAUAUUUUUCGAACAAUACGCUCAUAUAGUGAAAUUAACAGCUGAGACUUUAACAUUGGCAUUCUUUUCGAUAUUACUCGUGACCGCUGCAUUGUUGGGAAGUUUCUGGACUGGACUAUUGGUAAUGCUUCAUGUAAUGAUGAUUGUCGUGAAUUUAUUGGGCGUGAUGGCGUUAUGGAAUGUCUCCUUGAAUGCAGUCAGCCUCGUAAAUUUGGUGAUUUGCAUUGGAAUCGGUGUGGAAUUCUGUGUUCAUAUUGCACGCGCGUUUGUAAUUGGUGGAUACGGGGACGAUAGAGGCGAACGCGCUAAUCGAGCUAUUGUCGACGUUGGAAGUUCAGUGUUUUCCGGAAUCACAUUGACAAAGUUCUUUGGAAUUUUAGUGUUGGCGUUUACACGAAGCAAAAUUUUCGAAGUUUAUUAUUUCCGUAUGUAUGUCGCGAUGGUGAUUUCCGGUGCUUUGCAUGGAUUAGUGUUGUUGCCGGUGGUCUUGAGUUUGAUUGGUGGUGAAGGAAUUGAAAAUGGUGGCGAAGAUUUUGAUAAUAAUUUGUUUGAGGCUGAUGAGGAGAAUAGACGUGGUACUUAUGAUAACAUACACUCCACUUCAACUCUCAUGCUUCUCAGACCUUUGCAUCAUACAUGCGCUGAUAUUUCUAUAAAGUUUUGCCUCAUAAAAAGCAGCAGCAGUAAUAAAUCAACAGCGAUAUCAUUUUUUACCCGUCGUAGCUCUUCCAAAAGUCCUCAGUCUCCCAAAAAAGAUGGUGCAAAAUUAUCAUCAUCUUCCUCAUCAAAUCUAAUAAACAACAAUACUACCUCAUUAGUCAAUAACGAUAAUAUCAUAACCACACUUGGAAAAAUGAAUCCUAUGAUAACCCCGCAAAAGUUGCUCGAAAAUCCACCACAAUACCGACGAAAUGACCCUUGGGCUUCAUUUGAGGAAAAAAUUCUAGAAAUCCUCGUGGAGAAACACUUAAAAAAUUGGAGAAAAAUUUCGAGUAUGCAGUUGGGCAGGACACCACUCGCUUGCAAGCAAAAGUACAAUGAAAUACACCAGAGGAAGGCAAAAGAGGCCGGAGAAGUAACUCGUUUCGAUACGUUUGACUCGGCUGAACCGGUGAUUAUGAACAACAAAAAAUCCAGGAAAUGGACUAUUGCAGAAAUUGAACAAUUAAAUCGAUUGAUUUCAAAGUAUGGUCGAAGAUGGAAAAUGAUUCAUACCAAAUUUCCGAGUAGGAGUUUAUGUGCAAUUCCAGCAAAAGCGUAUAGAAGUUGGAUGAUGUUUUCCGCAAUGCAACAAGAUCCGUCGCGUCAUGCAAAGCGAUGGACCGAGCAAGAGAUAAAGAUGCUUAAUAAUCUUAUUGAUCAAUAUGGUAAUAAUCCGGAAAUUAUAGCAGAAAAUAUUCCUGGGAGGUCAAUCCCGGCAGUUGCAAGUUUUAUUCAGGAUAAUUAUUAUCUAUUGCCUGCCGCAAGAGAAUAUCGUUCUUUAUUUCAAUUGACAAGUCGUUUUCCCUGGACAGAUGCAGUAAUUGAAGAUCUUUUUGAUGUAGUUAAAAUCAUUGGUUUUGAUAGUAAAGAAAUCACUAGAUAUUUUUUUUGGUUGGAAAAGGAACGAUGUCAAGAUAUCCUAAGGUUGAAUGUCAUGAAAUUGUAUAAAAUCUUGGACUAUGAAAAAUUUAAAGAGGGCACAAAAAUUGAAGAAGACUGGAAGCUAUUAAUUGUGAAAUGGUUCGGCUCAUGUUUUUCUAAUGCUCAGGCGGUGAAUCAAUUGAACAAAAAUGAAAAUUUUCUGUCCUGGACUACAAAUGAAAUUGAAUUACUCGAAUAUCUUAUAGGAAGAUAUGGAACUAAUUGGAAGAAAAUAGAAAAAUAUAUGCCCUGGAGAAAGUUCAAUGAUAAUACCAAGUCUUUGUCUAUCAAAAAAUUAUUAAAAGAUUUACCUGUAACCAACAAUACUACAGACUGGACAGAUACAGAAAAGAAAACUAUUCAAGUUCAGUUUGAAAAAUAUGGCGAAAAUUGGAAAGAAAUUCUAAAAGGACUUUGGUGGAGAAAACCGUUUGAAAUUAAAAAUUUUUUGUUGGGUCCUUUCGAUUCAUUAAUUAAUAAUAAUAAUUCAGAAUCAUUAUUGUUCAAGGAAAGUAUACGGUUAAAAGGACGACAAUCUGCUUGGACUGAAGAAGAGAUAGAUAAAUUACUUUCUCUAACUCGUUCUGAGGGAUUAGAUUGGGAGAUAAUUUCACAGAACAUGAAACGAAGAACGCCAAAUCAAUGUCAAUUACUUUACCUUUGUCGAACACUUUCGAUAACAAACAAGAAACCAGUCUGGACUAAGACAGAAUCUUUUCUAUUAUUGAGAUUAGUAGAUGAAUAUGGAUUCAAUUGGGAAAUAAUCAAGGAACAUUUUAUGCGAAAAUCUGCCGAAAGUUGUGCACUAAAAUUCAUUCAGAUUCACAGGCAGAAAUUAAAAAAAUUCAUACGAGUACCACCAUGGCCUAAAAAAAUGAUAGACAAAAUCAACGAAUAUGUAGAAAAGGAAAAAGAUGUCGAUUGGCAAGAUAUCGGCAAACUAGCCGGCAAAAAAGAUAUAGUUGUCCAAGCGUACGUAGAAACUCAUCUGGAGAAGUUCCCAAAAAUUGCUUAUUACAUGCAAAAAUACCCAGAUAUCCGGUCAACCUUUAAAGUAAACUCAAAAAUUCACGGGCUAUCAUUAUGGAAACGGCGACGCACUUUUAAGAAAUGGUCAUCCGACGAAAAUACGUACUUUGAGAAACUGCUUGACACAUAUGGGAAAAAUUGGGAUUUGAUCUGUCAGAAAAUAACUAAUCGUACUUAUGUUUCUCUGCGUUCAAAGUUAUAUCAGGAUCCUCGAUUUCAUAAAUAUCGAGAGCCGUUACGUAGACAGUCAUUAUGGACCAAUUUGGAAGUACGAAGAUUGUUUGCUUUAAGACGCCAUUAUAUGGACUAUCGUUCUAUUGCCAUGUAUUUACAUAAUAAGAGAACUCCCGGUGCAUGCUAUAAAAAGCUUUAUUCUAUGAAAAAGAAAAUGGAAAAAGGAGCUAGAUUUGAUUUAAUAUAG